GUUGAUAAAUCUUAAAUUUUAAGUUAAACAAAGUUUAACAUCCAUAUCAAAGAACGUAUGUAACAACAUUACAACAAACUAAGAAAAAAAUCAAUUGAAAUAUGCACUUUUAAAUUGCAAAGUUUAAAUGAAAUAUGGAAAAAAUUUGACUAGAAGAAAAAAGGAUUGAAAAGUAAGCCUACAUAGAUAAAUUUAAAUAAAAAAUACCAACCUGAAUUGGAAUUUGGAAAUAAAUAAAUCAUAAAACAUUUUCCAAAAAUAAUUAAGCACUAAGGGGAAAAAUGAAUACAUUUUUUACAUUCAGUGUACUAUGACGGGGAAUUAGAAAAUGAACUUUACAAUAGAAAUAAAAUACUGUAAUUAUAAAGCAUGAAAGCUAUUUACUGAGCAAAAAGCAUUUACGGAGUAAUAUAUAACGCAAUGAGGACUGAGGAUAUAUACUACAUAUAUGCAAUCGAUGACCAAAGAGAGAAGCGUACGUACGGUGGCUAUGGGCAAUUGACAAGCCCAGUAAGAGUGGAGACCUAUUCAAUUGGUGGCGAAACGAGAAGAGUGUGAUGAGAGGUGGACUGGCUGAGGUAGGGUUUUUAAUUUUAGGGUACACGGCUGGAUUGCGACUUAUUAUAAAAGAGAUGGUCUUUUUUUAAUGCAACACGUCUAGUCCACUGGUGCUACGCUAGGAUGCAAAGUUGCCCGAAAUUGGAUGCCUAUGCGAGGAAUGUGGAACUAGGCAAGUCGAUCUACCAUGGCAAGAGCAGCAUGGUGUUGGGAUGCCAAGGCCACACCGUGUUAACUAUGAACAUAACUUGAGUAUUGGUCAAAACAUUAUUCAUCUUGUUUUAGACAAUCUGAAGGUAUUCUUGUAAACAUAACUUGAGUUGUAGCUAGAUACAAAACACGAGGUUCUAUCUUUAAAUCUGUCAAUCAACUUUGUUUUUCACUGCCUCUCUAUUUUCGAGUAGGGGCUACGUCUGCGUACAUCUAUUUUCGAGUAGGGGCUAAGUCUGCGUACACACACCCUACUCUUGUGGGAUCCAAGAGUAGGGUCUUGGAUUUUUCAUUGCUUGAUGUUUUGAGUUAUUAACGAAUAUAUACUCAUUGGUUAUAGUUCAAUCGUUUCAUGAAAGUGCUCUUUGCUUCACCAUUGAAAUGUUCAAUUAAUAUUUUCCAGAUCAUGAAUGCAAUAAAUGCACAACCAUGGAUCCAUGAGGAUCUUACUGCAGUCAUUUCCCAUUUCUUGAGCAUUGUUCAGACUAUGUAUCAACGAUGUAGGUCAUCUUUGGAGGUUUUAUUUUCAUCUGUGGGCUGUCAGGAUCUUGGGCCCACACAGCUUCUUACGGACUAUUUAGAGGUAAUGGACUUCAUAAAUGAUGCUAUUGUAUCCAUGGAUGCAUUUGUUAAUGCUUACAACCAGUCUGCUGUUUAUUUCUCUAGCCCUGUUGAAAUAAGUCAUGGGAAUGAGGAGAUGCUCACUACCCUUGCAAGACUACAUGAUUCCCUGCUACCAUCCCUACAGCAAGGUUUCCGAAUAAUAUUUGCAUCUAAAGAUAAUGGCUCCUCGGAUGUAUCCAGUAGUAUGCAUUGCAACGUUUAUCUCAGUUUGAAAAUGUUGUCAACAAGGAUAGUAAGUUUUGGCUGGAAACUACUAUACUUGUGCUAUCUGAGUGAUGAAGCUUUCAAUGGAAGCUACCCCAUUCAUGUAGGCAUUAAAAUGUUUCCUUCAAAUGUGGAAGAUCCUAUCAUACGGACAGACAUUCUUUUACAGAUAAUCAGGGAUAUCAAUGCAGUAUAUUUGCAGUCUCUAGAGAGACAUAGUAAAGGAACAUUUCUUCAAAGAAUUGAAGAAAAUCACAAAAUAAUGUCUAAGAUUCAACUGUUAAGAAAUGCAGGGUGGUUCUCUAUCGAUGAUGAUCAAUAUCAGUUUGUCGCCGGGAUACUUUCUAACUCAUUGCCAGACAAUAUUAAUGCACCAGACAUUCCAUCUAUGGGGAAGAAUGGCACACCGCAGGUCGAUGAAGACACUGCAAUAAUUGAAUCACAAAUCAGUCAAAUUAGAGAUCUGUUCCCAGAAUAUGGAAAGGGUUUCCUGGCUGCCUGUCUUGAAGUUUAUAAUCACGAUCCUGAAGAGGUUAUACAGAGGAUUUUAGAGGGCACCCUUCACAAAGAUUUGCAGUCUUUAGACAUUUCAUUGGAGGAAACACCAAAGCCCAAGUCUUCUCUUUCUAUUUCAUUGACAUCCACAAAUGACAAGGGUAAAGGGAAACUGUUGGAAUCAUCUGAACAAGUCCCCCCCAGAAAAAGUAUUCAAACUGGGAAUUCAUCAAAUUCUUCCUCCACAUCAUCUGUUGUUGGGAGGUAUGUGAGGAAGACUGGAACUGACCUUCCUGACCCUUUGAUCCUCAAUUCUAGAAGUCAAGCUGAUGUGGCAAGGACAGUUGCACUUGCGUCACAGUUUGAGGAGUAUGAAGACGAGUAUGAUGACUCUUUUGAUGAUUUAGGUGUGAGUAUUUCUGGGUCUGCUUUGGAGGAAACAGAGACAUUGGACAACAAGUUGAACUUGGAUAGGGGAGGGAAGUCUACAGGAGUUGAUAAUAAUGCAUUGAACUACAAGUUGAAUUUGAGUAAAAAGCCACAAUUCUAUGUUAAAGACGGCAAAAACUACAGUUAUAAAGUUGAGGGUUCUAUUGCCGUGAGUAAUUCUGAUGAAGCUUCUUUGGUUAAUCAAGCACAGAAAGAGGUUAUACACGGACUUGGACGGGGUGGUAAUCUUCCAAUGGGUGCUGUCAGAAGGAUGAUGACUGUGGAGUUUGUUCCUGAGCAAGUUAGAGGAGAGGGUCAAGGGAAGCAGUCAGGGCGUGGGUUCGGACGAGGAUAUAUUUCUUCAAGUGGUGCUUCUCAAAAGCCAAUAGUCACUAAUGUGGAGGAAAAUGGUGAUAAUAGAAUGAAAGAAGGGGCUCUUCGAGGAGGACAAGGAGGGGACUCUAGAGGCAGAGGAGGGCAGGGCAGUGGACGGGGAAAAAACCACUACAGAAGAGACCGAGCCAUGAAAAAACACAUGGCAGGAGUGACUGGUCAUUGGUAAAAGAUCUCAAUCUUCCUGCAUUGAUCGAGAUGUUGACGGAGAUUCCAUCACCAGGUAUCCUCUUCAUUUUCUGUUCUUUCCAAGAUAAUUACAUCAAAUUAAUCUUUAUGUUCUCUACUUCAUUUCAUUUUCCCUAACUAAGCUUUUCUAUAAAGGACUUCCUAUGCCUCUACCCUCCCUAAAAGCACCAGGUGUAUCCCUGCUAAGCUAGAAACCUUUUUGUAACUCGAACUAAGGUUUUCCCUA